GGAAAUUUCCUUGUUAACUUCAAUUUGAACAAAGGCUCAAUAUACUCAGACUCAUUUUUCUGUUGUGUCGAUCUAAUUCGCAGGAUAAGCAAAUUCGCCCAAUCAACUUCAAGACUUCAACCUUUGAUUUGAUUUAGUUACUCCCACCAAGCAGUGGCUAUGUUUGCUUCUGCUUCUUCUUCCCGAGUGAAAUAUGAUGUUUUCAUCAGCUUUCGAGGUUCAGACAUCAGAUUUGGUUUUCUCAGCCAUUUGACAACGUCAUUGCGUGGAAAGCAGAUAGAUGUCUAUGUGGAUGACAGGCUUGAGAGAGGGGAUGAAAUAUCAUUGGCACUUAAGGAAGCCAUAGAAGGAUCAAUGAUUGCGUUGGUCAUAUUCUCCAAAGAUUAUGCUUCUUCAAAGUGGUGCUUGCAAGAGCUUGUCAAAAUCAUGGAAUGUAAGGAAGCAAGCGGACAAAUUGUGUUACCAGUUUUCUAUUGUGUAGAUCCUUCAGAUGUCAGGCGUCAAAAACGAACUUAUGCAGAUGCAUUUACACAUCUUGAACAGAAGUUUAUGGAUAACUCAAACGAGUUGAAAAAUUGGAGAUCUGUCUUGAAGAAAACCGCAGACUUAUCUGGUUAUCAUUCAUCAAAUUUUCAGGAACUGAUAAAAUUGAAGGCAUCAUAUUGGAUUGGAAUAGAAUAAAUCAUUUACGAUGGAGCCCCAAUGCCCUCACAAAGAUGACAAAUUUAAGAAUUCUCAAAAUUUGUCAUCCUUGGUAUUGGUCCAA